AUGUCUUUCAAGUCCAGCGAUGACUUCAAGAGGCAGAAGGAGCUCGAUGAGGCCCGUAAGGCGGGCCUGGCGCCUGCCGAGCUCGACGAGGAUGGCAAGGAAAUCAACCCGCAUAUCCCCCAGUACAUGACCAACGUGCCGUGGUACUUGAACAGCACACACCCGACGCUGAAGCAUCAGCGCAACUGGAAGGGGACUGUCGAAGACAGCAAGCAGUGGUACGACCGCGGCGCAAAGGUCUUCCAGGCCACCAAGUGGCGCAAGGGGUCAUGCGAGAAUUGCGGCAGCAUGUCUCACGCGACCAAGGAUUGCCUCGAGCGGCCGCGCUCCAAGGGCGCCAAGUGGACGGGCAAGGGCAUCGCGGCGGACGACAAGAUUGAGGAGAUUGUGAUGCCAAACUUUGAGAGCAAGCGCGACAGGUGGAACGGGUAUGACCCCGCAGAGUACUCAAAGGUGGUAGACCGCUAUGAGAAGAUCGAGACCCUCCACAAGGAGAUGAAGCAGAAGGAGCGCGUAGAGCAGCUCUACAGCGGCGUCCCCGUGGAGGGCGGCGGCGCCGACGGCGCCGUAGCCACCAACGGGGGCGGCGCUGACGGCGCCGCGGCGGCCGACGGAGCCGGCGCGGACGCUGACGAGGCGAAGCUGGACGAGGCGGAGGAGGCGGCGUUCCAGGAGGUCAAGAAGCGCGCGCGCACGGCGGGCGGCGGCAGCAGCGGCAGCGUGCGCAACCUGCGCAUCCGCGAGGACACGGCCAAAUACCUGCUCAACCUGGACGUGAACAGCGCCCACUACGACCCCAAGACGCGCUCGAUGCGCGCGGACCCGCAGCCCAACAAGCCCGCGCACGAGAAGACGUUCUUCGGCGACAACUUUGUGCGGACGAGCGGGGACUACCAGGCGUGGCAGGCGCUCAACCUGCACAGCAUGCAGGCCUUCGACAAGGGGCAGGACAUCCACGUGCAGGCGCUGCCCAGUUACGCUGAGAUGCUGCACAACAGCUUCAAGGCCAAGAAGGACGGCCUCACCAAGAAGAGCACCGCGGACAUUGUGGCCAAGUACGGCAGUGCAGGGCUGGCGUGA